GCUGCUCCGGUGAGUGGCCCCCACACCCCCACCUGCCCGUGGAGACAUCCUGGGGACAAAUCCGACCCCGGGAUGACACUGCUGGUGCCCCUAGGCCCUGCCAGCCCCGUGGCAGAGGAGAUGGAGGAGGCGAUGGGGCUGGAGGUGCCUGAGGAGGCUGUUGGGGCCAGCGACACACAGACACUCAGCGUCCCCAGCGCACCAGGAGCCAGCACCCCCACCUACAUCAUGGUGCCCAGGUGCCGGACCUUCCGGCAAGCACAGAGUUUCUGUGCCUUGAGAUACCGCGGGAAAUUGGCCUCGAUCCACAGUGCCAGCACCAAUGCCUUCCUGGUGCGCCUGGUGCACCGGCUCAGCAACGCAGGCCUGGUCUGGAUCGGUGCCGUCAGCGACCCCGCCUACCCACCCCGGGUGCCCAGCCUGCCCUCCACCCCCCUGGGCACCCCAUACCCGGUGCCGAGGGUCCACAUACCCUUCUACCUGGCAGACCCCAAGACCCCGCUGCCACUGGACUGA